AUGGCAGGGGGUGAAGGAUCCAAUUCUCAACAAGUUGAUGUACAAGGUCUUCUCAACACCAUUCUACAAGAGUUCAAAACUCUUCACCAUUCUGGAUUGGAGUUGAUGAAUAAUAGGAUGGAUCAACUGGAAGAGAAUCAACAAAAGUUACAAGAGAAUAUCCGACCGUUACCUGAAGCUCAAAGGCGAAAUAAUGUUCAACCGCAUUUGAGGCCAAGACGCAACAUCCGGCCCCCAUCACCACACAACACUGACGAACCCGAUGAUGAGGAGUUUGGAGGAAAUUGGGAACGACCUAGGCAUCAUAAUAACCAUCACCGACGGGAUGGAGAUGAGGCGAUCAACUCGAUCAAGUUCCAAGUGCCACCGUUCCAAGGAAAAUCCGACCCUGAAGCAUUUUUGCAAUGGGAGCGAAGGUUAGAACUAAUCUUUGAUGUUCAACAAUUAACUGACCAACAAAAACUCCGUGUGGCCGUAAUGGAGUUUUCAGAUUAUGCGCUUGCAUGGUGGGACCAAUUGAGCAUCAACCGCUACAGAAAUAGGGAGGCUCCAGUGCGUACUUGGACAGAACUUCGUACACUAAUGCGAAAGAGGUUUGUUCCCCCUCAUUACCAUCGUGAAGUAUUGCGGAGAUUGCAGAGUAUACAACAAGGGGCGCGGUCAGUGGAGGAGUACUAUAAGGAGGUUGAAACACUUCUUCUACAAGCCGAUAUCCAUGAAGAUCAGGAGCAAACGAUGUCUAGAUUCUCGAAUGGACUUCAAAGGGAUAUUGCUGAUGCGGUAGAGAUGUACCAAUACGUGGACCUUGAGGAGAUGAUACACUUGGCCAUAAAGGUGGAGAAGCAACUAAAAUCAAAGCGGAUGCAAGGUGAAGGACACCCAGACGAGCGCCCUAAUCCUCAAAUCGCAGCGCUAUCCAAAGCAUUGGAAGCACGAUUCACGAAGCAACUUACUGACGAGAUGGACACCGUACACUCAAUGUUGGCUGAUCUUGCUCAAUCUAUUCGGGAAUUGACAACUGAGCGACAGCAGGGCCGACCCGCCCCCGACGCUAGUCGAUCUGCAAGGCGGAAUCCUAUAUACCGAGGUAGGGAAGACGCUUCUGAAAAUUUUGAUGAAGAAUGGGAGCCACCCCCUCCAAAUAGAGACAACCGAAAUCAAGAUCCUAUGAGGAACUUGAAGUUCAGCAUUCCUUCUUUCAAUGGGAAUUCUGACCCGGAUGUUUAUCUUGAUUGGGAGAAGAAGAUGGAGUUGAUUCGAGAUUGCUCUACAUAUGAUGAUGAGCAAUGGACGAGAAUUGCUGUAAUGGAGUUCACCCACUAUGCCCUUAAUUGGUGGGAGCAACUAAGUACGAAACGAAGGCGAGAAGGGAAGGCGCGGAUCACCACAUGGGAUGGGCUCAAAAAGGCUCUGAGGAAACGAUUCGUACCAUCCUGGUAUAGGAGGGAGCUACACGAACGAGUUCAACAAAUGUCUCAAGGUAACAGAAGUGUAGAGGAGUAUUACAAAGAGCUUGAGACAGCCAUGAUGCGGGCUGAUAUUGUGGAGGAUCCUGAAGCAACCAUGGCUCGAUUCAUGAGUGGAAUCAACCGAGAUUUGAGAGAUACUCUAGAGCUACACCCGUAUGUUGACUUGUCGGAAUUGCUCCAACGUGCGAUUUUAUUGGAGAAACAACGCAAGCGAAAGGGGCGAGCGGAUUCUUUCAAUCGACCACCACCCCGGUCUACCCAAACUAUCCUGGAGCCCCGAGGUAUCCCUAAUACUAACGUCAAUAAAUUUUCUAAUGUUGACAAGGGAAAAAGUAAUCCCCGAAACCGUGAAAUUACCUGUUUUCGGUGUCAAGGGAAAGGGCACUAUGCCUCUGAGUGCCCGAACAAGAAGGCCAUGAUCUUGACGGAUGCGGGUGAAGUCGUCACCGACGAUGAAGGAGAUGUAGAUGGUGAACAAAUUCUUGAAUGUGAGGAAAGUACUGUUGAAGAAGAUGAUGAAUACUCCAAAAUCACGGUGGUAACUCUGCGGUCUCUUAGUACAUUUCAAAAGGAGGAACCAACCCAAAUGCAAAGAGAGAACAUCUUCCACUGUCGUUGCAAAAUCGAAGGCAAGAUUUGCAGCAUGAUAAUUGAUAACGGAAGCUGCACCAAUGUGGUUAGUGAGACAUUGGUCAAAAAGUUGAACCUUGUCACCAAGCCCCAUCCGCGACCCUAUCGAUUGCAGUGGUUGACCAAUAAUGGGGAACUACGAGUAAAUAAACAAGUUGAGGUAACCUUCCGAAUUCGUGGUUAUAUGGACCAGGUUGUAUGCGAUGUUGUGCCAAUGCAGGCUUGCCACAUACUACUUGGACGGCCUUGGCAAUUUGAUCGCAAUGAAUUUUCUGAUGUACUACCCAAGGAACUACCAAGCGAGUUGCCCCCAAUCCGUGGUAUUAAGCAUCAGAUUGAUUUCAUACCUGGCGCUCAAUUGCCAAAUAGGCCGGCAUAUAGGGCCAACCCAGAUGAGACCAAAGAGAUCCAAAGGCAAAUCCAAGACUUGUUAGAUAAAGGCUGGGUGCGUGAGAGCCUUAGUCCAUGUUCUGUACCGGUACUCCUCGUUCCAAAGAAGGAUGGUAAGUGGCGUAUUUGUCUAUUCCUUGGCUAUGUUGUUAGCGCACAGGGAAUACAAGUCGAUGAGGAGAAGAUCAGAGCCAUCCAGGAGUGGCCUGUCCCUACUACUGUUCGUGAAGUUCGUAGUUUCCAUGGCUUGGCGGGAUUCUACCGAAGGUUUAUUCGUGAUUUCAGUACUAUUGCAGCCCCUCUCACUGCUGUUAUUCGCAAGGAUGAACUGUUUAGUUGGGGAGAAGCGCAACAACAAGCCUUCGACAAGCUGAAAUAUUUGUUAACUCAUGCCCCAAUUCUUAAACUCCCGAACUUUGAACUAACAUUUGAACUUGAAUGUGAUGCUUCAGGUGUGGGUAUUGGAGCCGUUCUAAUGCAAAAUCGCGAACCUAUUGCAUACUUCAGCGAGAAGCUAGGUGGCGCAGCCUUGAACUACCCAACUUACGACAAGGAGUUAUAUGCCUUGGUUCGUGCACUUCAGGUAUGGCAGCAUUAUCUUUUGCCAAAGGAAUUUGUUAUCCACUCAGAUCACGAGUCCCUUAAGCAUAUAAAAACUCAAGCUAAACUAAAUAAGAGGCAUGCCAGAUGGAUUUCUUUUGUUGAUACAUUCCCUUAUGUGAUAAAGUAUAAGAAGGGAAAGGAUAAUGUCGUAGCUGACGCACUUUCUAGGCGGCAUGAGGGCUAUUUGUAUAAGGCUAACCAGUUGUGUAUUCCACAAGGUUCUAUUCGAACUGUUUUAACUCACGAAGUCCAUGAAGGUGGACUCAUGGGGCAUUUUGGAGCCACCAAAACUCUUAAACUUUUGCAGGAAAAAUUUUAUUGGCCAAGGAUGCGUGCGGACGUGGAACAACACAUUACACGUUGCAUUACAUGUAGACAAGCCAAAUCCACAACGCUACCACAUGGUUUAUAUAAGCCCCUGCCUACACCCGACACACCUUGGGUAGAUUUGAGUAUGGACUUCAUUUUGGGGCUACCUCGUACAAAAGGAGGUAAGGACUCUAUCAUGGUUGUUGUCGAUAGGUUUUCAAAAAUGUCCCACUUUAUUCCUUGCAAUAAGACGAAUGACGCAAUGCAUAUUGCUAAUUUGUUUUUCAAAGAAGUAGUUAGAAUGCAUGGAAUUCCCCGUACGAUUGUAUCUGAUAGGGACACUAAAUUCUUAAGCUUUUUCUGGAAAAACUUUUGGGGAAAAUUAGGGACAAAACUUCUCUUUUCUACCUCAUAUCACCCACAAACAGAUGGUCAAACGGAAGUAACAAAUCGCACCCUAGGCACUCUCCUUAGGUGUAUUAUCAAAAAGAAUUUGCGUAGUUGGGAAAGUUGUCUCCCUCAUGUUGAGUUUGCAUAUAAUCGUGCUAUCCAUAGUGCUACUAACAUGUCCCCUUUUGAAGUAGUGUACGGCUUCAACCCACUUUCUCCAGUUGACCUAUUGCCACUACCAUGUGUGUGGCUUCACUUACGAAAAGAGAGAUUUUCGGCACAACGCAAGUCUAAGUUGUCCCCACGAGGCGAUGGUCCCUUUCAAGUCGUUGAACGCAUCAACGAUAAUGCCUACAAACUAGACCUCCCAGGUGACGAGAGGUUGAUGGGACAACCUUUUCAAGAGAGGGGGGAUGAUGUGACCAUCAUGACGGAAUUGGACCCAAUCAUAAUUCCUCCUGGACCAAUCACUAGGAGCCGAGCCCAUAAAUUUCAAUUGGCAAUAACAAAGUGUGCCAAACUUCAAAUGGAUGCCACUGCUGAACUCUACAACGACGAUCAAAAUAAACCAUGCAUUCUUCUGGAAAUUGGAUCACAAGUCCCAAGGACCAUAAGGCCAGGAGCACCUUACAAGGCAUUGGACCUCCCCUAA